AUGAGUAGCGUCGUCGCGUUCCAAUCGAUGAUAUCUGGAAAGACGGGAGCGUCUCCGACGUCAUCUAUACGUCGGCGACGGCGGCGGUAUCAUCCAUGCCAGCGCUUUUCACCAGUUCCUUCUUCUUCUUCUUCUUCUUCUCGUCCUGAGAAACAAUUGGAUGUCGUUGCACGAAGUACGAACCGAGAUGAAGACGAGAGAGCUUUGAACGACGAAGACGUUCGGCGAGAAGAAGAAGUCGUGGUCGAAAGUGAACGAUCAGACGUGGUGAAUGGAGGAGAAAAGGAUAACUCUGAAACGGAAUCUUCGUCCUCAGCGACGGCUUUUAAAUUUAACGCGACGAAAAGUACCGGAACGAGAAACGAAGAAGAAGAGGAGGAGAAGGAAGAAGAAGAAAAAGAAGGAAAGAAGAAGGGGAAGAUGGAAAACGAGCACACGAAUAAGAGCGAGAAAAUAAAAAACGCGUUGGUUCAGACGAAAACGUUCGCGCUCAAUUUACCGUUCAUAUCGCACGUGCGGGUUUUCCUGGACCGCAAAUCAAAGUGGGAGAAACUAUACGGCGAGGCGAAUGAAAAGUUUGCGGACCACAAAAAGCAAGACGAGUUGAUGCUCGAACUGCAUCGCUUCGGACGGGUCGAAGAAAUUAUCGAACGGUUUGAAUCGAGAAAAUACGCGAGUGGACCAAGAAGUGUGACCGCGUACAUGGCUGCGUUGAUAUCAUCACAAAGAAUGGAUAAAUAUUUCGAGCAUCAAGGAGCAACUUCUUCUUCCUCGAAAACGACGUCGGAGCUUGAGGACAAAGACGAAAAAACGAAAGAUGGAGAAGGCGACGCGAAGAGUGAUUUGCCGUCUUCAACCAUUCCAAAGCCCCCUCCGCAUUUGACGAGAUCUUCUACGGCGACAACUUACCAACCGAUGGAGAUUGGAGGAGACUCGCUGCCGCUGCUUUUGAAAGAUUUGAGCGAACGCGCGGAUCCGGAUAAAUCUUUGAAGAUGGCCCGAACCGUUCGGUUUGGACGAGCGAGUACGCCCAUCCACGUAGUCGUAGAAGGCGGCAACAUCUCAAAAGUCGGGAAAGUCAAAGGUUUCUUUGGAAAUAUGUUUAUGUUCGUUGGUGUCGUAUCGUGCAUUUCAUGGACGGGUUCAUAUCUCCUUCGUCGCUACUUUGCUACCAUGAAAAUUACCACCGUAGUGACGUCCUCGCCUUCGUCUUCGUCGUCAUCCUCGUUGGGCAAGUCGUCGUCUUCGUCGUCUUCAUUGCAUCCGCCGACGAGUUCAGGCAGCGGUGGUGUGAAGAAGGACGACGAGGAAAGUGACUCGGGCACUCCUUCCUUCGCUCCGAAACAAUACGAUAAAGAUACGAUGCCCGAGAAGAACAAAAAAACAUUUAAAGACGUUCGCGGUUGCGACGAAUGCAAAGGUGAAUUGCAAGAAGUCGUCGAGUAUCUUCGCAAUCCGGAUAAGUUCACGCGUCUCGGAGGAAAGUUACCGAAGGGCAUUUUGCUCACAGGACCGCCGGGAACUGGUAAGACUUUGCUAGCCAGAGCGGUCGCGGGUGAGGCGGAUGUUCCGUUUUUCUAUCGCUCUGGCUCCGAGUUCGAAGAGAUGUUCGUUGGCGUCGGAUCAAAACGGGUGCGACAACUUUUUGCCGCCGCUAAGAAGAAAACUCCGUGCAUCGUAUUUAUCGAUGAAAUUGACGCAGUAGGAACAUCGCGCAAGUCGUGGGAAUCACAGUCUGGGGGACGCAAAACGCUGAACCAGCUCCUCACCGAAAUGGAUGGAUUCGAACAAAACGAUGGUAUCAUCGUUCUGGCGGCGACCAACUUACCCGAGAGUUUGGAUCCAGCGCUUACGCGACCUGGUAGGUUCGAUAAAACCGUUCACGUGCCAAAUCCAGACAUCGGAGGACGCAGAGAUAUUCUCAAACACUACUUGGACGAUAAACCUGUCGCGAAAGACGUCGAUGUCGACGCGUUAGCUAGAGGAACUUCCGGAUUAUCCGGAGCCGAGUUGUCGAACCUCGUCAACAUUGCGGCGGUGCGAGCGGCGGUGACGGAUGAAACUUCAAUCACGCUAAAAACGCUGGAAUGGGCAAAAGAUCGCAUCUUGAUGGGAACGGAAAGAAAAUCCGCCGUACUGAGCGAGGAAAAUAGAAAACUUACCGCGUAUCACGAGGCUGGGCACGCCUUGGUUGCUCUAAAAACAAAAGGUGCGAUGCCGGUGCACAAAGCGACGAUUGUGCCAAGAGGUCAAGCGCUUGGUAUGGUCACACAAUUGCCGGACAAGGAUGAAACUUCCAUCUCUAGACGUCAGCUUUUGGCGCGAUUAGAUGUGUGCUUCGGCGGUCGAGUCGCAGAAGAAAUCAUUUUUGGCCAAGAUGAGGUUACGACGGGCGCUCUCAACGAUUUACAACAAGCAACGAGAUUAGCGCAUUACAUGGUUUCAGAGGUUGGGAUGAGCGACAAAGUUGGCGUACUGAACGUCGGAAACCUCCGUGGAAAGGAAUCUAGAGGAGCUUCCACGCGACUGGAAGAAUCCGUAGACGAGGAAGUCAUUGCUUCUUUGAAGCAGUCACACACGCGAGUGACGAAGAUGUUGAAACAAAACGAAAAAGAUUUACGCAAGUUGGCAGAAGCAUUGCUUCAAAAGGAAACGCUGACUGGAAGCGAAAUGCGCGAAAUUUUAGGAAUGCCUGCGCAACAAAAGCCAGUCGAAUUGGUUUCGCGAUCGAAGGUCGAGGAAGAAGACGAAUCAUCGAGCGCUCCGAAAGGAGACGAAAAAGUUGACGAAAAGACCGAUGCAGCGCCAGAUGAAGACGACUUGAUAAUUGUCGUCGUGGGCGAAACUACGGAAAAAUCGACUUCCAUGCGGAAUAAAUAG